UCGCUGCCACAGAUGGCUACCACACUACAUCUCGGGCGACGAGGUGUGCACCGAGUAACCGGCUCGGUGAGGGGCGUCAAUUGGCGCCCGACGCGGUUUGCCGAUGAAGCCGCCUUGAAUUAUUAUGCCUGCAGCGUGUGCCACGUUCUUCGAAGCAAGACAAUCAGGCUUCCCUGUUUGCAUGGCUUGUGCGGGCGGUGUCAAGCUGGCUGUAUCAUCCGUGAUGGCGGUAGCGUCUGCCCGCUGGACGGAGAGCCAUUUCGCAAGGACGAGUGCCAAGAGGUGCAGCUUACAGCCAGGAAUAAGCGGGACCUGAAGGCUUACUGCUGGAACGAACCCCAGGGAUGCGAUUUCAUCGGCCCUCUGGCGGCGCUCCUGCAACACUACGAGGCGGAAUGCACUUUCCACGCGUUCCCGUGUCAACAGUGCGGAGAGGUCAUUGUUGCUGAUAGGCUAGCUGCGCACUACAUUGGCGGUUGCAGCAACAGGUCGUCAAACGUGACAAUUCCAAAGUUUUCAAGACCAGGUGGCCCUGCCAUCACUAUGCAUGACGUCACUGCGGUCCAGCGCGGAGCCGCCGAGUCAGUGAGAUGCCUACAUGAGGCGGAUGGGAUCGCGACGCUUCAGCGUAGGAUCAACGAACUAGUGGGGUUGGUCAGAAGCCUAAGCGCCCAGCAGGAAAAGAUGGAGGAGGAUAUGGAGAAGCUAGAAGGGGAGAAGCAAGCGGCUAACCUUGGGACUGGAAACGACAAACGUGGCUAGACUGCGGCCCUCAAAGAUGUCUCGGCGCAUGCUCAGGUUGAUAUAGUGGAGGAAUAUUCCCGGUCACGGAUAGGUGAGCAGACAGUCAUAGCAAGUUCUCGCGUUAUACGUCAACAGUGGCGGAAGGAGACGACGAAUUUCCUUCGGAAUUUCAAAUACUGCCCUAGCGAUUCGCUCUUGGGUCUCUAUAGUUCAUAUUCACUAAAAUAGACAAACAGCAGGUCCCGUCUACUUAGUGGUUCCAGCACCAAAUAGAGAGACAAGGAGACUGCAGACUGUGGUUGCUCUUGUAGGUUAAGCAGCGCAAAAGUGAAUGAAAUGAUUUGUGCAAUUACAUCAAACGCCAAUAAAAGUUGGUUAAACAGAUCAACUAAUAUGUCGUAGCCACAACAUAGAGACUCACGAGAGAUAAGCCGACCACGUAUGUAUUCACUCUCACCGAUCAGGAACUGUCCAGAGAUUAUCCGGAGCCAUGGUUUUCCCAGCGAGAACCACCACCUUCAGAUUCAAGGUGUACCACCUAAUGACAUCGAUGGCUGCAGAACUUGCAGCUGUUCGCGCUGUAUUCCGUCUGGUUAGCCAAGAACAACGUCGAACAUGGUCAAUAUUCAGUGACUCGAAGGCAGCACUGUAGUCUUUGCUAUCAGCCCUGCGGCAAAGACUAUUCGAACAGCUGGUAAUCAAGAUUAGACAACUAAUCAAUGCAUUGGCGGAGAAAAGACACCACGUGACAUUCAAGUGGUUUCCAAGCCACUGCGAGGUCAGAGGUAAACAACACGCUUGCAACGCUGCUUGGUCGGAUCAUCGAGGUAGCAAAGAUGAAUCGAUAUCAUUAUAAUGAACAGAUGCCGUUAUAGAACGUGGAGUGUUCACACGAGAUAUCGCUUUCUCCAAGUCGAUGAAACAUCCACCUAGACUCUUCCCUCCGCCUUCCCCUCCCAGCUGGACUCGGUUGACGCAAGGCUACCCUGCUUUGCUAGAUACGGCUCGGAGUGGCUUUUAUGAAGUAUUUUGCCUUUCAACUCGGAUUGCCGACAACACCGCCUGAGAUGAGUCUGGUGGCGAGGAGAACCUUGAACACGUUAUUUGUGACUGUCCUCGCUAAUACAGAGACUAUACAGAAUAUACAGAGGCGAGCGAUCACAAUCUCGAUAGCGUUUUUUGAUGAAGGACUGUUACCAGGGGACAUAAUUUUAGUAUGCGGACUUAACAAGCCAUCCCAGCUGAGGGCGACGAAGGCACUGUUGCAGUCGUUAAGGUCAAGAAGCGGCUCUAGCCUAAAUUGGUGUUCAUUGUGCUAUAAGUACUACUGCGCUGAGAUAGUAUGG